AUGUCAGAGUCCGACAAGUAUGAGGUGCUGGAGAAGAUAGGCCAUGGCUCCUUUGGCAUUAUCAGAAAAGUGAAACGAAGGGUCGAUGGCAUGGUCCUCUGCCGGAAAGAGAUCAGCUACCUGAAAAUGUCCCAGAAGGAGCGAGAGCAGCUUCAUGCCGAGUUUCAGAUCCUUUCCUCUCUCCGACAUCCCAACAUCGUCGGCUACUUCCACCGCGAACACCUCAAACAGACCCAAGACCUUCACUUGUACAUGGAAUACUGCGGCAAUGGUGACUUAGGGCGUGUCAUUAGAGACCUCGCGCGUGCCGACAAGUACGCCGAUGAGGAAUUUGUAUGGGUUGUUUUCUCACAACUGGUCACGGCCUUGUAUCGUUGUCAUUAUGGUAUCGACCCUCCCGACGUGGGUAACACCGUUCUGGUGGCCCCGAGGACGAAACCCAAGAUCCCACCGGGAGCUGUCACAAUUUUGCAUCGUGAUUUAAAACCCGAAAACGUUUUCCUCGGCGAGAACAAUUCGGUCAAGCUUGGAGAUUUUGGCCUGUCCAAGAUGAUCCAGUCGCAUGAUUUUGCUUCGACAUAUGUCGGCACUCCAUUCUACAUGUCUCCUGAGAUCUGUGCAGCAGAAAGAUAUACCCUCAAAUCAGACAUCUGGUCUUUAGGUUGCGUUAUAUAUGAGCUCUGCGCGAGGGAACCUCCAUUUAACGCCAAGUCGCAUUUUCAACUGGUACAGAAGAUCAAGGAAGGAAAGGUUGCUACAUUACCUAGGAUUUAUUCCGCCGAGCUCAUGGCCGUCAUCAGAGACUGUCUCAAGGUUAACCCCGAUUCGCGUCCAGACACAGCAACCUUGCUGAAUCUUCCCGUCGUGCGACUCAUGCGCAUGCAGCGUGAGGCAGUAGAUUUGAAGAGCAAACUACAGGUGAAGGAAGCGGCUCUGGCGGUGAAGUUAAAGGAAGCGGAAAGACAACUGGCAAGUAUUGAAUCCAAUAAAUCCUUAGCCCGCCAGGAGAUUGAAUCUUCACUGCGAAGGGAAUGGGAAGUCAAAGCACGACUUGAGAUUGAUCGACUUGUUAAAAUCGAGCUUCAAGAACUCCAAAGACGCUUCGAGGGUGAAGUGCAAGCACGCGUCCACGAAGAACUCCAGAAGAAGUCAGCUACCACAAGUAGUGAGGAAGCCGUAGAGCCCAGCUCGUCCUUGGCGAAGUCCGAGUAUCCGCAAUCUCUUACUGACGCCAGCACUGAUGGAGAGUUCCCCUCUACCACUGAUAUCACCGAAUUUUCGGUCGACGAGCCCGAAGAGGUCCCCCUUAAGAAGGGUCGUGGCCCGUUCGGACGAGCCCAGACCAUGUUCGAGCGCCAUCUUGGUACACCUAUGGAUAUUGAUACUGCCUCUCCAUCACCAAUCGCCAUUGCAUCCCUGUCCCUAUCGCCGAGGCGAGCCAACUCUACUAAAACCCGAACAGCACACCAGCCCACCAUCUUCGAUGAAACAGAUGACGAAGCUCGGUGGAAGAAAGCUCGCGACUCAGACCCUGUCCUAUCUGACUCCGAUGAUGAUGAUGAUACCCCCAUCAUUCCCUCCCCAACACGGGGCCCACGACAGAAUCCGUUCCUUCAACGGCCUGUGCUGACUGCCACAAAGACGGCACCAGUACCCGAACAGUUGAAAGCUCCAAUUGCCUUCCCUUCAUCAGGUCUCAACAAGCCCAUGCCACCAUUGCCGAGUGGCGCGUCUGCGCCAAGCUUGCAGGUACGACCUCAACCCAGCAAUGGGGCCCUUCGGGAGAAAGGCAAUGCCCCUAACCGAAGGCUAAGCAAGAUCCCGUCGGCCGCGAACCUUGGCGCACCAGCGGGCGAGAAUGGGCUGCAGCGUAAACCGUCACUGGCAAAGAAGGAUGCCGACGCGCCGUCUCUGACCAAAGUGGCGGUUAAGAACAACGUUCGGGGCCGGACCCUUGUCGAACUGCAGCAGGCCCGGGCUGGCGGUCGCUCCGUCGAGAACGUCAACAGCAGCCCUAAACGCGCCAACAAGGAGCGAGUGGUCGACCGGUUCCUUGAGCCUGCGCCCGUGUGGGAUCCUGAGCGAGAUGAAAUGCCAAGCCCCUUUUUAAUUCGCCAACGCCCUCUGUCUCGGGCAUGA